UUAUGGCAACCACCACGGCUGGAUGGGGGGAUUCUUCCUCUGAAGAAAACUCAGGAGACGGAAACAACAUGUUGUGGACGACAGACACCACAGUAAACGUUUCAGACGUUUUCCCGUUAGGGGUGGACAGGGAAGAACUUGGAGAGAUUGUGUGGUGGCUAGCCUCGACCACAAUAAUCAUAGUCGCUGUCGUCGGCUUGUUUGGGAACUCUCUCAUCAUCGUCGUCAGCCGAGAGAUCUACCGACAAAGGCCGACGAUGCCGAACCUCCUGCUGAUCUACCUCUCCUGGACAGACGUUCUGAACUGCUCUCUUGGUGUGACGCCGCUGGCGUUGUCCUACUACUUCAACAUCUACGUUAACCAAGCCAUGUGUGACUUCAACGCCACGGUGUUGCUAGCGCUUAGCGUGGCGUCCCAAAUGAUCGUGGCCCUCAUGUCAGUGGACAGAUACUGGGCCUUGCUUCACCCCUUCUCCUACAACCGUCAUUUCGGUUACGACAAGUCGAAAAUCUACCCCGCUUUAGUUUUUAUCUUUCUCUACACGAUGGUUGUUUCGUUCCUGCCCCUGUUCGGCUUGGUUAAGAACGUGCCCCAGUACCCUAACUCGUACUGUAUGUUCGACUGGACGGAUGACAGUCCCACCGGCAGGGCGGUUGUGUACAUCAACGUUGUCAACAUGUUUCUGUGCCUCUUCAUCAUAGUGGUGGUGAACGCCUUUGUCGCUGCGUACAUGUUCCGGUUGAGACGGGUCCGGCCUCGACUUCCCAGCCGGGACUCAGAGGUGGCAGGCGUGCAGGAAUGCAGGUUAGAGCUACAAAUGGCCAGGUUGACGCUUGUGGUGGCCGUGGCAUUCUUCUGUUCCUGGUUCCUCUUUGCUACACGUAUUCUGGCCAAUCAGAUCGGAGGGUGGCCGGACAAGGAUCUGGACUAUCUUGGCGCCAGACUGAUGACGUUUAACAGCGUCAUCAACCCCGUUCUCUACAUCAUCAUGAGGAAGCCCUGCCGCAAAGGAUGCUGGAUGAUCAUCAAGUCCGGGGUACAUUACGUCACGUUCAAAAUGGUGGCCGCUCCUACUAUGACGUUGGCUGAAACUGUCGCGGCUUGAUAGUUUGACAUUGCGUACAAAUCACCAAAUUUGAUAAAGAUUUUUUUUAAUCUAGACAAUGUGGCGACUUGCUACGACGCGAAAACGUUGUAGUUUUGACAUCUUCGACGGCUAAAGAGAGGAAGCGUUAGGAGUGGGUAACAGAGCCAAUAAAAAAAUUUGGUAAGAAGACAAUGAACUAGGGAAAAAAUAAAGAAGAAAGUUGGCAGAAAAUACAACAUAACAAAUUGCUCAGGUAGCAUUGGUUACAUUGGUUACAGAGCAAUUCAGCAUAUUUGUAGUCUACCUCUU